AUGAAAAAGACGGCUCUAAGUCUUGGAGCAUUGCUGUUGUUGGACAUGUUCGUGACCAAUGCUCAAUCUUUAUGUAAGUCAGCACACAUGCUGGAAACUCGUAUCCUUCAAGAAAACCUUUUGGCAUCGUUAUUUGUCUCCAGUCAAGCACAAUGCGAGAUGAAAUGCAGAGAGAAUUCAGGAUGUUUUAGUAUCAACUACUACAAGAAACAGAAGAAUUGUCAUCUCAACAAGGCAACGCAUCUUUCAAGACCUCUGCACCUCGUGUAUGACAUGGGAGGGGUUUACAUUAAGAUAAAGAAUGAUUAUUGCAGUGAUGCAUACUGCACUAGUGGACAAAGUUGUUUGAUUGACAGCUCUAAAGACGAUUAUAUCUGUAAAGUCUGCAAUACCCCGCUUGGUUUAGAAUCAGGAGCCAUUCCAAACAACAGGAUCUCUGCUUCCUCCUUCUAUGGCUCUGGUUGUGAGCCAUGGCGAGGACGACUCAGGAUGCAACCCAAAAUGCCGUACRACCAUGAUGUAGAUGUUGGUUGCUGGAUAGCUAAAAACAAGGUUGCAGGGGAAUAUCUGCAGGUGGAUYUUGGGAAUGUUUACCGAGUUACCAUGGUAGCAACCCAGGGAAGACCAUACACAUGGCAUAAUAUGAUUACCUCAUAUAGCCUCUCUUAUGCAAUCAGUGCUGGAAAUUUUAUCGACUACGAAGUUGACGGUGUACGCAAGAUCUUCCCUGGGAACACUGACCGUGACACUAUUGUGACAAACAAGCUACCAGAGGCAGUCAGAUGUCGUUAUAUACGAAUUGUUGCUGUUACAUUUGGUCAGUAUAUUCCAGGGAUGAGAGCCGAGAUCUACGGUUGCCCUGAUAACUAGAUCAAAGACUGAAUAAGAGGCAACUUUCGAUGUUUCUUGAUUCACCAAAGCACAAAAGGAUAAACACGUUGAGCAUGACCAUUCAGGGCCGUAGUCAGAAUGAAUGAAUAACCGAGGCAAGCGACCGCCAAAGGUGGGAGGAACUAGAGGGCAUUCUCGGAAAUGCGAUUUGAAGCGUUUUGUGGUCCUUUUGGUAACUAUUUAUUCAACAGACUUAACCGGAAUUUAUCAUGCAAUAUUUAUGAAACAAAGAAGCUAUACGUACAAGAUUAAUAUUUUUUGCACAAAAUCAGUCGUACGAAAUCGGCUCUGAGAGACUGAAAUGAUAUCACUGAUGAAAAACAAAAAAACAUCGGCGAAAUUUUAGCGAGGCGUGUGCCUCGGUUGACCUCACUCUUACUAGCUACGAACCAGCCAUUAACAUAGAAUAUCAUCAAACGUUCUAACGCUUGCUUUUCACUUUUUUAUAAGG